AUGGUUACUUAUCUUCCAGAAGAAGACAGAUACGCUCCUAUAGAUACUAUCGAUACUACCAAAGUAAGGACCGCCAACAUCUCCGGUACUGAAUUAAGGCAGCGCUUACGUGAUGGAACCGAAAUACCUGAAUGGUUUUCAUACCCUGAAGUGGUAAAGAUUUUGCGUGAUACGAACCCACCACGUUCUCGUCAGGGGUUUGCUGUGGUUAUUGAUACUUCAUCGGGAGGAGAGGAGUCGGGAGAUGUGCUCAGCUCGGCUUUGCAGUCAGCUUUGAACGAGCAUUCGGGUGCAAGAAGAGUGACAAAGUUACCUUCCAAAUUCAACGAUAACUUUUUGGUACACGAAUUGGUCCGAGCAGGCUCUGCUGUGAUCUUAACAACGAGUGAAAACUUCGAUUCCAUUAUUUCAUCGGUGGGUGAAUCUAACACAUAUAUCAUUAAAUCGACUGGUUCAGACACUGGAUACCAAUAUUCAAUCUCGGAUGGACCCACCGAGGAUGCAGGUACUACCUGUGAGACAGCCGUUGAAGCUUUCAAAGCUAAUGGCUUCAUUAGUUAG